UAACACAGGCUGGCUUGAACUAAACCUGAGCAGCGAGCAAACAGCAGCCGAGCUACGAUGCUCUCCGUUGUCACCAACCGGGGAGACAAUAAACACGGAGGACUAGGCGAGGCUUCGGUUCACCGAGACGGACGUCUUCGCAUCGAGUAGACUAAAAGGAGAAGCCGCGAGAGAGCUGCGUGAGCGUGUGUUCCUGUGUGCCGGAGGGCGGGCUGCCGCUGUAGAGCUGGAGGGCUUGGACAGGACAGGGCGGGGUGAUGUUUAGGUUCCGGUAUAAAGGCAGCAAGAAAAUGGGAACCAGACGAGAUGUGGAGCCGGCUGCCGACGCUGUUGUUUUGUACCGGAGACUAGAAUGAGAAGUUUAACGUCCUGGUGUAACAGGGCGGCGGUGUAACCCGUCUGGGGAGGCCGCUCGCGAGGGGUAGAAGCGUGUCUUCUGUGGCGCCCCAUCCGCCUCCUGUCCGUCAAUAAGAUGAGGACGCUAUUUACAUUCUGUUGUCUCUUCAUUAUUACCGGCGGAGCGGACCGGGCGUGGGCCACUGGGAACCUCACCGUCGACAACAGCAGUGACACGAACCUGACGGCCGACGGCGGCAGCAGGUACAUCACUAUCGGGGACGGGUCAUCGCAGGAAUUCGAGUUUCCCGAAAACACCAACGGCGUGAUUGUAAUCUCCAGCCAGUACCGGAGCGCCGCAGCGAGCAGGAAGGGCCGCCGGAGCUGGAAGCAGACGGUGACGGUCCGCUCCCUGGACCCGGAGGUCCUCUCCAUACUCAACGUGACGGACAGCGGCCACGCGGCGACCGCCAAGAGCUACGUUAUCAGCAUUCGCUCCGGGUUUCCGGGUCGGGCUCAGCUGCAGAUCCAGCUGCUGGACCUGGACCAGGAUUCGGUGCCGGUUCUGAUCGAAGAGAGAACUGAUUACUCCAUCAGGGUGGCGCCUGGCAGCGAUGACCCCGCCACCGGGCUCGUCCAGUCCGGUGGCCUGUCCCACUUCUCUGAGAACCCCGUGCUGUUUGCCCUGCUGCCCCUGAUCUUCGUCAACAAGUGUGCCUUCGGGUGCAAGGUGGAGGUGGAGGUGCUUCGAGGCCUCCUGAGGAGCCCUGUGCCGCUGCUCCUAGGGGUUCUGGGUCAGUUCCUGGUGAUGCCCUUGUAUGCCUACUCCGUUUCCCGGCUGGCCUCGCUGCCCAAGGCACUCUCCCUGGGCCUGGUCAUCACCUGCUCGGCCCCGGGUGGCGGGGGCGGCUACCUGUACAGCCUGCUGCUGGGAGGAGACGUCACCCUAGCCAUCUCCAUGACCCUGGUCUCCACGGUGGUGGCGGCGGCGGCCAUGCCCCUGUCGUCGGCCCUGUACGGCAGGCUCCUUGGCGUGCACGCCGCCCUGCACGUGCCGUUUGUGAAGAUCCUCGGAACCCUCCUGUUCAUCGCCAUCCCCAUCUCGCUGGGCAUGCUGGUCAAGCUGCGCCUGCCCGCCCUCACACGCGUACUGCUGGCGCUCAUAAGGCCCUUCAGCUUCGCGCUCAUUGUCGGUGGUAUCUUCAUGGCCUACCAGAUGGGCGCGUCCAUCCUAGCCAAUGUCAAGCCCCAGAUCGUGGCGGUCGGGGUGACGGUGCCUUUGCUGGGGCUGGUGGUCGGCGCCAUCCUGGCCAAGCUUGCGGGCCUGGCCCCGCCGCUGAGGAAGACGGUGAGCAUCGAGGUGGGAGUCCAGAACAGCCUGCUCGCUCUUGCCGUCAUGCAGCUGUCCUUCCGCCGGGCGGAGGCUGACUUCGCGUCCCAGGCGCCCUUCAUUGUGGCCCUCAGCAGCACCUCGGAGAUGCUGCUCAUAGUCUUGGGCUACUACGCCAAGCGGAGGUUUUGCGGGUCCGCUGUCCCAAGGAGCGACGCCUGAUUGUAGCCGCUGUCGUUUUGUUUUGUGUUCAGACUCUUUCCAACCUGUGGAAAUAUGUGGUGUCCCAACAGUCUUGGCUUCGAGACACAAGACAACCACCAGUUUGGUCACCACCAGUCUUGUGAACCAGACGCAAAUGGAUUUGUUUUGGUGUUUUGUCGUUGUUUUCGUAUUUUUCAUGAAAACCAAAGGCCUUUUACCCCUCUUGAGACCCCCCUUUUUGUGUUUAUUUUACAGUAUGUACUUUUUAAAAUCAGAUUAUACUGUGAGGUACUCAGUGUAAAUAUUCCUAAGAAGAGACAUACCUAUAAAAGAAAAGAUAUUUUUGUACCAGAUUACUUUUUGUAAUCAAAAAGCAAAGAUCAAUUUGCAUCAUGUUUACAAGAGGUCCAUGUGUCUUAGCCUGGUGGGGGGGAUUUGGGGUUAAGUGGAAUCAUUUGGGAGUAAUCAAACAGGAACAUGAUGAUGUUAUGAAAGUAUUUGCUACUGAUUGUGUCUCCUGGAUCUGCGAAUCCAUGUACUUGAAUAUAAGCAAGGAGAAAUUAAGUUAAUAAAAACAUUGUUAAAGCAAGCUCUGGUUUGUUAGGAGU